GGCAGGGCAUAUCACAAUGCGCUUCUUGAUCGCUAUAUGCUUCCUGUUAGUCGGGUGCUUGUAUUUGGCGGGUGCCUCUUCCUCCGCGGAUCCGAGUACAACCACCACCGACUCCACGGCCACCACCACCACCACAGCCUCGUCAAGCGUCACCACCACAACUUCCUCCUCUUCUAGUGCCACCACCUCCUCUCCAUCGUCCUCCUCGAGCUCAGAUGCGGAGGCCAGGAGGAAAAGGCGCGCUCGCCGGCGGCGUCUGGCUCGUCAGCGACAGCGCCGUGAACGCAGAAGGCAGCGCCGAACAGAGAAACUCCGUGUGCAACUGGAGACUCAGAGGCGCCUGAUCAACCAGUUGCGUGGCUAGGCACUGAACCCAUAUCUUGAGCACAUCAGCUUAAAGGAAAAAAGUUUUUAAGUUAUUAUAAGUUUAAAUACAACAAACCAAAUUCUUUUAACAAA